AUGAUAAACGUUACUAUGUCAAAAGUCCGCGAGUUAGCGGAUAAAGUGACCAAUGUGGUUAUGAGCUACACGGACGUUGAGGCAAAGGUGCGUGAGGCCACAAAUGAUGACCCUUGGGGACCAACUGGUCCCAUCAUGCAAGAAAUUGCCCAAUACACGUACACCUAUGAACAUUUUCCAGAAGUUAUGGGGAUGCUCUGGAAGAGGAUGCUGACUGAAAACAGGAAAAACUGGAGGAGAAUAUAUAAGUCUCUUAGGUUGUUGGACUACCUGAUGCACAAUGGUUCAGAGAGGGUAAUAGGGUCAACUCGCGAACACACGUAUGACCUCAGAAUGUUGGAAAAUUAUACUUUUUCAGAUGAAUAUGGCAGAGAUCAGGGAAUAAAUGUACGCCAAAAGGUGAAAGAAAUACUGUCACUAAUUCAAAAUGAUGAUGCCUUGCGAGAGGCACGAAAGAAGGCCAAGAAGAAUAAGGAUAAGUAUGUUGGCAUUGUCGGAGGAAGUUCCAAUUUUGGUGGAAGAUAUGGUUAG